AUGGCGUCUUCCUCAUUAUCUCAUCAACAAAGUAUGGAAUCUGACCCUUUCAGUGAAUUUCAAAGGGAAGGGUUCAGUGUUGUAUGUACAAAAGGAUAUGAUGCAUUCAUUAACCACCGGGGUCCUGACAUCAAAGAGUCUGGUGCUUCAGAAAUUUACAAUUGUGUGCAGGUUAUGGGAUAUCGGCCAUUUCUUGAUCAGCCAGAGUUGCAAUUGGGAGAUCCAAUUCCCUCUACCAUACAAAAUGCCGUAAACACUUCCACAGUUCAAAUCUCCAUCUUCUCACCACGAUAUACAGAGUCCCCGUGGUGUCUGGAUGAGCUGCUUCUCAUGUUGAAAACUAAGGCUCGGUUUAUUCCUGUAUUUUGUGAUGUAAAGCCUUCUGACCUUCGCUACCCUCACAAGGGAGUUUAUGGGCGUGCAUUGGGUGAGCAUGAAGAAAAGGGGAGGUUCAGCAAUGAGAGGCUUCAACAGUGGAAAGAAGCCCUCAAAUCUUCGUCAUUCUUAUGCGGCUACAUUUUCAGCACGUCUAAUGGUAAUGUCAAGACCCUGUGUAGAAAGAUUGCCUUGGCUGUGAAGCAAGAGGUUGAAAACACAAGAUGUAUGGAAGUUGCAAAAUAUCCGGUAGGACUUGAUGAUCUGGUGGAGGAUUUUGAAAGGCAGACUGCAAGGAAAGGGAAUCUUCUCCUCAGAGACCUCUUCCUCGAAGAGCGGAAAUUUAUGAGUAAAAGUGAAGGGAAAUCCUUUCUGAAGCAGCGAAUGCGGAGAUCUAGCAAUCGAUUCCUUAUUGUUUUGGAUGAUGUUGAUGACCACCAGCAGCUAGAUGCUCUCUUGUUAUGA